GACCUGCGGGUUUUGAAAAACUUGGCGCUGUGCGACGUUGUGUGAAGGGGUCUUUUAAAGGAUUUUUUUUUAAGCACACAAUUCGCCUCAACAUGCAGAACAAGGAGAACUACGACCCCAAAGGACUCCAGAGACAGUUCACCACGCCGGCCUCACAGAUGGGGCCGCAGAGGGUUCUGAAGAACCCGGGGUCCGAAGUCCAUAUCCCAGGACCGGGCCGGGUGGCUGUGCAGCCCAGCGCGUCUGAAUCCCCAAAGUUUACCAUCAAUAACUUUGACAUCGGCCGGCCGCUGGGAAAGGGGAAGUUUGGGAACGUGUACCUGGCGCGGGAGAAGAAGCUGAACUUCAUCGUGGCGCUGAAGGUGCUGUUCAAGUCCCAGAUGGAGAAGGAGGGGGUAGAACACCAGCUCCGCAGGGAGAUCGAGAUCCAGUCCCACCUCAAACACCCCAAUAUCCUGCGCUUCUACAACUACUUCCACGACCGCUCCCGAGUAUUCCUCAUCCUGGAGUACGCGCCCCGCGGGGAGAUGUACAAGGAGCUGCAGCGCUGCGGGCGCUUCGACGACCAACGCACCGCCACGUACAUGGAGGAACUUUCUGAUGCGCUGCAGUACUGCCAUGAGCGGAAGGUUAUCCAUCGUGACAUCAAACCAGAGAACCUGCUGCUGGGCUUCAGGGGCGAGCUGAAGAUCGCCGACUUCGGCUGGUCUGUCCACGCGCCAUCCCUCCGGCGGCGUACGAUGUGCGGGACGCUGGACUACCUGCCCCCGGAGAUGGUGGAGGGGCGCACCCACAAUGAGAAGGUGGACCUGUGGUGUAUCGGGGUGCUCUGCUACGAGUGUCUGGUGGGGAACCCCCCCUUCGAGACCGAGAGCCACAGUGACACCUACAAACGCAUCACCAAGGUGGAUCUGCAGUUCCCUAAGGUGGUGACGGACGGCGCGCGGGAUCUGAUCUCCAGGCUGCUGAGGCACAGCCCCUCCCUGCGGCUCAGCCUCCUGGAUGUCAUUCAGCAUCCCUGGGUCCGCAACAACUCCCGCCGGGUCCUCCCGCCCGUCUACGCCCCCAAGAAGCCCUGAGCCCCUGCGGCUGGAAGAACCGGCUGUGCCCUCUUGUGCGGACCUGCACCAGUCAAUUGACGCCUUCUACAAUCAGGAGUGGGACGGACCACCUUCAGAGUGGGACGGACCACCUUCAGCCUCCGCAGUGUGCAGGGCGCCCACAGCAGGAGGGGGUGAGAAGAACCUGUCGGGAGUCCGAGGCCUGGCUUUGGAGGAUGUCCUACAGCUCUAGCUUGCCUUUAGCCGCCACUCUGACCAGCAUGUUUGUGAUCCAUUUGUGCUCCUCUGGUGGUGUGGUAUCUGAGGAGCAGUCUGCACACAACAAAAAA